AAGCCUGCCAGCUGUUGACCAAUCAGAUCGAACGCCGAACUCAGCCGAACCGAACCAACCACACCCAAGAACACCUCCGUCAUCUUCUUCCACAAAACAGGCUCUCCUCGAAAAAACUCACAAACGAUCAAAGAAAGCUUCACAAGGAAAAACAACCUCGACCGCUGAACCCACGCCGAUCAAGAUGUUCUUCCCUGCCCAACUACUGAUCCGUCGAUCGCUCAUCAAUCCCGUCCCUCGUCUCAAUCUCAAGUCGACCGGCUCAUCUCAGAAGAUCAUCAGACAGUCAAGCUUGAUUACCAUCCAACGAGCUUACUCUGCUGGUCAUGCAGCCGAUGAAUCAUUCUCUGCCUUCAACGAACGAUACACUCAAUUCUUUGAAGGUGUACAAGACUUAUUCGAGCUCCAACGUGGCCUCAACAACUGUUUUGCCUAUGACUUAGUACCUGCCGUUCCAACCGUCGAAGCAGCACUCCGAGCCGCCAGACGAGUCAAUGAUUUGCCUACAGCGAUUCGGAUAUUCGAAGGCCUCAAAGAAAAAGUUGAAAACAAGGGACAAUAUCAAGCUUAUCUAGACGAGCUAAAGCCACUCCGAGACGAGCUUGGUGUGCCGACCAAAGAAGAGAUGUAUGGCCAAGCAAUUUAAUUGCUAUUUUUAAAGAGCUCAACCGAAUUAAAAAAAAAGUCCAAAUUCGAACUUGUUCCUGAGAUACAUGCGUGCGAUAUGAGCAUCGACGCAUCUUCAGACUUGUACAUGUGUUUUUGUCUUCAUGCCUUCCCCCAUUUAAUUUCUCUCAUCGCCCCCUCUCUCAACUUCUUCUUUUCAUGCCAUCCCGAGUGUCGAGCAAUCCUCACUUCUUUUUUUUGUUCAAGAUUAUUAACCUCGAUACAUACCAUGUUGGGUCAGGGGAGAGUACUAAGACCUCCUCAAUUGGUUGGUCUACACAUGAUCUCUUGAAUGAUCAGCUAUCUCCGAUCACCUUUUUUGAUGUUGUUGGACGAGAUAUGUGUUCCCAAUGAAGUUAUCCACCAAGGGGUCCCGAUCCCGCAUCCAUGUAGCACAAGAUACUUACUUUCCAUGGAGCUCUCAGAAGCUUUCAAAUCGAGCCGACGUAUGUAAAGCUUAUUUCCAGACGGGUGACCAUCUGGUAAUAGAAAC